CAUUUGCUCACACAGUGGAAGAGGAAGAGCUUCAAGCGUUCCAACGGCUACGAUGCAGCUGACUUGGAGCGAGCCGCUUCCUUUGACAGUUACGGCGAGGAAAUCGAGCCCCUCGUCCAGGCCUCAUCCAUGUCCAACCCUCAGGAGGUCGGCAGCGAUUACAGUGCGCGCCCCGACAGCACCCGAGGCCCCACCGCCACGUGCACCACCAGCGACCUUGUGAUUGGUCAGCGGGAACAAUUGAAACCCCAACCCUCUGACGACACGGACGUAGUAAUCGAAUGUCCGCCGGAUGAGGUGGAUGACAUAUGCGAGGCUGGCGGCAGCGGCGGCGGCGGCGACGGUGUUGGGGACACUGCUCACGAGGAUGCGACCUCGGAAGCUCAGGCGGGAAGCGCAGACGCCGGUAGCCCUGGCUCACACAGGGUCAUCAGGGUAGUCGCUGAGAGCGGCAGCAGGACUCCGUCCAGGACCAGCCAUCCGCCCUCACGACAGGUUCUCAGUGAGCUUGCUGCCCUGGGAUUUAAUAAUCGAAAUGAGUACUGGGAACACUCAGCCUUUGGAAGGGCACGAAUAUGCGCCAUCUGCCUGGCCGGUAUUGCCUCACUCUGUCUACUGUACAGUUUCAGCUCAUCCACCUGGGCCUACAGCGGACUGAGUAAGUGGAAUCUGCACUCUCUAAACACUGGGUUUUUUUUCUUUUCAGAAGAGCCAGUGGCGAGCGAACGUUUCUUUCGGUAA